CCUCCCCCCGCCGCCCGCCAGACGGUGGCUGAGGAGGCAGCGGGAGGGGAUGGUGCGUCUGGCGGAGGCGGUGGCGGACGCCGCUGCGGCUCCUCCAUCCCCCCCGCCGUCGCCAUGGGUGUGAGUAGGGCCCCCCGGCCCGCGCAGAUAUGAGGCAUCUAUUAACAAGUUAAAAGUGACAGAACCAUGGCUCAGUUUCCAACACCUUUUGGGGGCAACCUGGAUAUCUGGGCUAUUACUGUGGAGGAGAGAGCUAAACAUGAUCAACAGUUCCAUAGUUUGAAACCAACAUCUGGAUUUAUCACUGGUGAUCAAGCUAGAAACUUUUUUUUUCAAUCCGGGUUACCUCAACCUGUAUUAGCACAGAUAUGGGCUCUAGCUGACAUGAACAAUGAUGGGAGGAUGGAUCAGUUGGAGUUUUCAAUAGCUAUGAAACUUAUAAAAUUAAAACUACAAGGUUAUCAACUCCCAUCUGCACUGCCUCCUGUCAUGAAGCAACCACCUAUCGCUCUGCCUAGUGCACCAGGAUUUGGUAUUGGGGGCAUUGCCAGCAUGCCAUCUCUUACAACUGUUGCCCCAGUGCCAAUGGCAUCUAUUCCAGUAGUAGGAAUGUCUCCACCAUUAGUAUCUUCUGUUCCUGCAGCAGCAGUACCUCCCCUGGCUAAUGGAGCUCCUGCUGUUAUACAGCCUCUGCCUGCUUUUGCUCAUCCUGCCACAUUGCCAAAGAGUUCUUCCUUUAGUAGAUCUGGUCCAGGAUCACAGCUAAAUGCGAAACUACAAAAGGCACAAUCAUUUGAUGUGGCUAGUGUGCCUCCUGCGGCAGAGUGGGCUGUACCUCAGUCAUCAAGACUGAAGUACAGACAGCUGUUCAAUAGCCAUGAUAAAACAAUGAGUGGACACUUAACAGGUCCACAAGCAAGAACUAUUCUUAUGCAGUCAAGUUUACCCCAGGCUCAACUGGCUACGAUAUGGAAUCUUUCUGAUAUUGAUCAAGAUGGAAAGCUUACAGCUGAAGAGUUUAUUCUGGCUAUGCACUUAAUUGAUGUAGCUAUGUCUGGUCAGCCGCUGCCACCUGUACUGCCUCCGGAGUAUAUUCCACCUUCAUUUAGAAGAGUACGCUCUGGUAGUGGCAUAUCUGCUGUAAGUUCAGUAUCUGUAGACCAAAGGUUACCAGAAGAACCAGCAUUAGAAGAAGAACAGCAGCAACUGGAAAAGAAAUUGCCAGUUACAUUUGAAGAUAAAAAACGGGAGAACUUUGAACGUGGCAAUCUAGAACUUGAAAAACGGAGGCAGGCUCUCCUGGAACAGCAACGCAAAGAACAAGAGCGUCUAGCACAGCUGGAACGGGCAGAGCAGGAAAGGAAAGAACGUGAGCGGCAGGAGCAAGAGCGUAAAAGACAACUGGAGCUAGAGAAACAGUUGGAAAAACAACGGGAAUUGGAGCGGCAGAGAGAAGAGGAAAGGAGGAAAGAAAUAGAAAGAAGAGAGGCUGCAAAACGGGAACUUGAGAGGCAACGGCAACUUGAGUGGGAACGUAAUCGUCGACAAGAACUACUAAAUCAAAGAAACAAAGAACAAGAGGACAUAGUUGUUCUGAAGGCAAAGAAGAAGACACUAGAAUUUGAGCUGGAAGCUCUGAAUGAUAAAAAAAAUCAGUUGGAGGGAAAGCUUCAGGAUAUCAGAUGUCGACUGUCUACCCAAAGACAAGAAAUCGAAAGUACAAAUAAAUCUAGAGAACUGAGAAUUGCAGAAAUCACACAUUUGCAACAGCAGCUACAGGAGUCUCAGCAGAUGCUUGGAAGAUUGAUUCCAGAAAAGCAAUUGCUUAAUGAUCAGCUAAAGCAAGUUCAACAGAACAGUUUGCACAGAGAUUCUCUUCUUACUAUCAAAAGAGCCUUAGAAGCCAAGGAACUAGCCCGUCAGCAGCUUCGAGACCAGCUAGAUGAAGUAGAAAAGGAAACCAGAUCUAAACUUCAGGAAAUUGAUAUUUUCAAUAAUCAACUGAAGGAGCUGCGAGAAAUACAUAACAAACAGCAACUACAGAAGCAGAAAAACUUGGAAGCUGAGAAGCUAAAACAGAAGGAACAAGAAAGGAAGACAGUAGAGCUGGAAAAGCAAAGAGAAGCUCAAAGACGAAUCCAGGAACGGGAUAAACAGCGGCUUGACCGAGUGCAGUCAGAAGAUCUUCAGUGGCAAAAAAAAAUUCAGGAAGAUGAAAAGCAAAAAAGGGAAGAAAUAACCAAGAAGAAGGAAAGUGAGGAUAAGGGGAAACAGGAAGUGCAAGAGAAACUGAGUAAGCUUUUUCAGCCACAUCAAGAGCAAGUCAAGCCAGCUGUCCAGGCUCCAUGGUCAAAUGCAGAAAAAGCACCUCUAACCAUUUCUGCUCAGGAGGACGUUAAAAUAGUGUAUUAUAGAGCGCUGUAUCCUUUUGAAUCAAGAAGCCACGAUGAAAUCACUAUCCAGCCUGGCGAUAUAGUCAUGGUGGAUGAAAGCCAGACUGGAGAACCAGGGUGGCUUGGUGGAGAACUGAAGGGGAAAACUGGAUGGUUCCCUGCAAACUAUGCAGAGAAAAUACCCGACAAUGAAGUUCCAGCUUCUUUAAAGCCAGCAGUCGAGGCAGCUGCUGCACCUAAAGUUUCUGUGCAUGAAACCACUACAUCACUAGGAACUACUGCUUCUACAGAGUCUACAACAACUGCCAAUAACUGGGCAGACUUCAGUUCAACAUGGCCAACAAACACUAAUGAGAAAGCAGAGACUGAUAACUGGGAUGCCUGGGCAGCUCAGCCAUCUUUGACUGUUCCCAGUGCAGGGCAACUGCGGCAGCGUUCAGCCUUCACUCCUGCCACAGUUACAGGAUCAUCUCCCUCUCCUGUCUUGGGUCAGGGUGAAAAAGUAGAGGGGCUUCAAGCACAGGCUUUGUAUCCUUGGAGGGCAAAAAAAGACAACCACCUUAACUUCAACAAAAAUGAUAUCAUCACAGUUUUGGAGCAGCAAGACAUGUGGUGGUUUGGAGAAGUUCAAGGACAAAAGGGGUGGUUUCCUAAGUCGUAUGUGAAGCUUAUCUCAGGCCCCAUUAGGAAGUCAACAAGCAUGGAUUCUGGUUCCUCAGAAAGUCCUGCUAGUCUGAAAAGAGUAGCAUCACCAGCACCAAAAGCAACUAUGUCAGGUGAAGAGUAUAUUGCUAUGUAUACUUACGAGAGCUCUGAACAAGGAGACCUAACGUUUCAACAAGGUGAUAUGAUUCUUGUGACAAAGAAAGAUGGCGACUGGUGGACGGGAACACUGGGUGAUAAAUCAGGAGUUUUCCCAUCUAAUUAUGUGAGACUCAAAGAUUCUGAGGCUUCUGGAGCAGCUGGAAAAACGGGAAGCUUAGGGAAGAAACCUGAAAUUGCCCAAGUUAUUGCCUCUUACACAGCAACGGGUCCAGAACAGCUUACUCUUGCUCCUGGUCAGUUGAUUCUUAUCAGAAAGAAGAAUCCAGGUGGCUGGUGGGAAGGAGAGCUCCAAGCACGAGGGAAAAAACGGCAGAUAGGAUGGUUCCCUGCUAAUUAUGUAAAACUUCUGAGCCCUGGUACCAGUAAAACUACACCUACCGAGCUACCUAAAUCAACAGCAUUACCUUCAGUGUGCCAGGUAAUUGGCAUGUAUGACUACACUGCACAGAAUGACGAUGAGCUAGCGUUCAAUAAAGGCCAGCUUAUAAACGUCCUUAACAAGGAAGACCCAGACUGGUGGAAAGGGGAGGUGAAUGGACAAGUGGGUCUCUUUCCAUCCAACUAUGUGAAGCUGACAACAGACAUGGACCCAAGCCAGCAAUGGUGUGCAGACUUGCAUCUUCUGGAUAUGCUGACGCCUACUGAAAGAAAAAGGCAGGGAUACAUCCACGAGCUCAUUGUCACGGAGGAGAACUAUGUAAAUGAUCUGCAGUUGGUCACAGAGAUCUUCCAGAAACCACUAAUGGAAUCUGAGCUGCUAACAGAAAAAGAAGUUGCUAUGAUUUUUGUCAACUGGAAGGAGCUGAUUAUGUGCAAUAUUAAACUACUGAAGGCUUUACGUGUGCGUAAGAAGAUGUCUGGAGAGAAGAUGCCAGUGAAAAUGAUUGGUGACAUCCUGACAGCUCAGCUGCCACACAUGCAGCCUUACAUUCGGUUCUGUAGCUGCCAGCUCAAUGGGGCAGCACUCAUCCAGCAGAAGACAGAUGAAGUCCCUGAGUUCAAGGAGUUUGUUAAAAGGUUAGCAAUGGAUCCUCGCUGUAAAGGAAUGCCACUAUCAAGUUUUCUACUAAAGCCUAUGCAACGGGUAACAAGAUACCCACUAAUAAUUAAAAAUAUAAUAGAAAACACUCCUGAAAACCACCCUGACCACAGUCACUUGAAGCAUGCUCUUGAGAAAGCAGAAGAGUUGUGUUCUCAAGUAAACGAAGGCGUGCGGGAGAAGGAGAAUUCGGAUAGGCUGGAGUGGAUCCAGGCUCACGUUCAGUGCGAAGGCCUCUCGGAGGGGAACCUCGAUUGUUUUACUUUAUACAGUGCGUUGUUGUUCUUCUUCUACUUUUCGCAGCAACUCGUAUUUAAUUCUGUUACAAACUGCUUGGGACCACGCAAGUUUCUGCACAGUGGGAAACUCUAUAAAGCCAAGAGUAACAAGGAACUGUAUGGCUUUCUGUUCAACGAUUUCCUCCUCCUAACUCAGAUCAUAAAACCUCUUGGCUCAUCUGGCACAGACAAGGUCUUCAGCCCCAAGUCUAAUCUGCAAUACAAAAUGUACAAAACUCCCAUUUUUCUAAAUGAGGUACUAGUAAAAUUGCCCACAGACCCUUCUGGAGAUGAGCCCAUCUUCCAUAUCUCCCACAUUGAUAGAGUCUAUACGCUCCGGGCUGAAAGCAUUAAUGAAAGGACUGCCUGGGUUCAGAAGAUCAAAGCUGCUUCAGAACUUUACAUAGAGACUGAAAAGAAGAAGAGGGAAAAGGCCUAUUUAGUUCGCUCGCAAAGAGCAACAGGCAUUGGGAGGUUGAUGGUGAAUAUUGUUGAAGGCAUUGAACUAAAACCUUGCAGGUCCCAUGGGAAGAGUAACCCAUAUUGUGAGGUGACGAUGGGCUCUCAGUGCCACAUCACCAAGACGAUACAGGACACCCUCAACCCAAAGUGGAACUCCAACUGCCAGUUCUUUAUCAAAGACCUCGAGCAGGACGUGCUCUGCAUUACAGUCUUCGAGAGGGACCAGUUCUCCCCAGAUGACUUUUUGGGCAGAACAGAGAUCCGUGUGGCAGACAUUAAGAAGGAUCAGGGUUCAAAGGGACCAGUUACAAAAUGUCUCCUUCUGCAUGAAGUUCCAACAGGAGAAAUAGUCGUCCGACUAGACCUGCAAUUGUUCGAUGAGCCUUAGAAGGAAAGGGACCAAUGUUUUCUUUCAGUCUGAGUUCACUGCAAUAGGUGUCUGCAGAAGCUGUCACAAAAUCCUUACUGGUGUGGUAUGAAACUACUGCUUGCCCUUCACACAUAAGAGGGUUAUCAAAGCAAACAGGAGCAUCUUUGUGCCUUGAUAAUUCUCACUGAAAAAUGAAUCCCAGUUUAGUGGGGAGACCUCCCUCAAUAUCUCUAUGUGGAACUUGACGUUAGUUUCCUGGGUUUGUGAAAUAACCUAGUUGGUUGCUGUGCUCCAGUCUGAAAGGCUGGCAGACCACAUAGAUGGUUGUGCUUGCUCCAGUUACCCUACUCUUAAAUUUACAUGAAGACGGCAAUGUUGGUAUGUUUUGGAGGCUUUCUGCAGGGUUUUCCCCCUUAAGGAUUUCUGUGCCUAUUGCUCAGCAAAGUGGUGUGUAAAUGUAACGUGAGAGGAAGGAGCAGUUACACAGUAAGGUCUUUGAAGAUCUUCACGAUGGUACUGAAAAGACUUAAAAAAUAAAUAUAUCUAUAAACAGAGAAAAUUCUAUUAACAUACCACUUCAUGACUCAUGUUGCCCCGAAAAUAAGUCACGUACAGGCCUUCAGCACAGAGAUGAAUUGCACUCCAGAAGCGUCCACCCACUCGGUACCUUUGGAAGUUGGUGUUUUCUAUAAGACUGUAAAUGUUGGAACAGUGACUGAAGGAUUAAACGUAGAGCCCUGCUGCGUGUUGUGCUAUACCACUCCAGUACCCCUUUACUACUGCUGCUUGACCGUGUGACGGCAGAUGAAUGAUCCCAGCCACAGCAGGGAAGGAAAAAAAAUCAUGGCUCUAGCUCAGGAAGCUAAUUUCCAGCCCACAGAGUUGCAAAGCAAUCAGUGGUGACCGGUUCCUACACUGUGCCGUGCCUGUGUGUGGCACUGUGUUACUGAGUCCAGGGCAGUGUCACACUGUAGCCCGCAGAGGUGUGUGUGGCGAGUGGGGGCAGUCCCAGGUUGGGUGGUGGCGAUGCCUGCCGCAACCGUAACAGGGUGCUUGUGGUGGUGUGGAGUGGGUAACCCCAAAGCACAGCCUUUGUCAUCUGAGGGGAAGGCCAGGGCUCACGUGUCCGUUUAAACACCACACAUCCAGCAAACUUUCCCUGUUUGGCAAAGCAGCUGGUUUUAAGCACGCAUUUACCUCUCGUUUCAGUAAGCACCUGGGUAAGUGCUUUGCCGAGUCUGGACUCAGAGAGAGAGAAUAGACCCCCUAAAGAGUAAAAAUUCCUCUUUGUUCUGCUUGGAUUCAUUUUGUUCAUGACCUGUCAUGCAUACACUGGUAUUUUUGUAAGGACCCUAUUUCCGAAUGGGAGGUGUCAGCCCGUUUCAUUAGCAUGUGAACGUUCUUGUUGUUGUUAGGUUUUGGUGUUCCUUGCAUGUCCUUUCAGUACUGGUUUCCACCUUUCCUGUAGAGGCGGUGUUCUCUAGCACUACAAGUCUUAUUGAUUUCCUCUAGGAAAUUAGGAUAUAUUCAUAACGGAUAGGUAGAUACAGUAUGGUAAUAAGUGUAAACUGUGCUGGGAAGUGUCUGUGUAUUAUAAUUUCCUAAAAGACCACUGUAAUGUUUCAAGCAACGGGGAAAAAAGAAAAAAAAACCACAAAAAGUAUGUUGGAGGGACAACAAAGUUUACAUUUCAUACUUUUCAGAAUCGCUUUAUUAUUUAUUUAUUGAAGAUAGUGUAGAAUUUUGUAUCAGAAAUGACAGACAUACUUAUGUAUUUUUUGAAACAAAACAGAGAUACACAUUUUAGUUAGAAACUUUCAACUGACCACAUUUUAGAGGGAGCGUUAACUUCCUAGGCAUGCAUUUGUUUACCACUAACUGGCCGAAAACACGAUUAAGAGAACUUUUAAGUUUCUAUUUUUCGAUGUUGUUAAGAGAAUUGUUUCAAUUAAGAUAUGUAAAUAGUACUAAACCCAUGCUUUCCUAAUUCCAUAUCAAUACAUUUUAUUAAAUAUAAUGUAUAUGAAAAUACACAUUGUUGUGGUAGGAUAAAAAAAAGUGAUAAAAUCUAUUAAUGGAGUAACAUUAAAUGUCAUUGUCUAACCUUUUAUCGCUGUCCUAAUUUUACUCAGUAGCUGUGAAUACGCUGAAAAUUCAUUUCAGUGUUUAAAAAGUAGCACCACUUUUUAAGGGUACCAUUGCACCAGCACAAAUUACAGUAACAGCUGAAUAGACAAACAGGACAAAAAAAAGACCGUGGGCAUCUUGCAGAAAUCCUGGCCAGGUUUUCCAGGAGCUGCUCCUUUCCCUGAGACUCAACCAGUAUUGGGCCCUGGGGAGGGACCCUUAGCUGCAGGGGCUCCUCUUAGAUUGUGACCCUUGUUGUGGCUGUGUAUGUUUGCACCGUUUUGGACAACUGUGACAGAGCUGAGCUCCCUCCCUACCACCAUCACUCGUGAUUUCCUGCUUCCCCUCGAUGCACAGCGACUGUAACUCCCUUUAAUGCCAACAGGAGUUAUGCAAACUCGAUGACGAUGAAAGGCUGAGGUUCAGCUCACGGAUAUCUAAUGAAUCCCUUGUAAUCGGUCUAAUCCUAAAGAGGAAGCUUGUCCUAAUCCCUGUGCAUCGAGGACAGAGUGUGUAUAUAAUAUACCCUCAGAACCAGACAACUGUGCGUUGGAAUGUCACCAUUUGCUCAUUCGCUUGCUCUCAGCGCUCUGUGGCACAUCGGCACUGGUGACUUCCCAGACAGAACUGCUUUUCACCAUGGUUGGCCAUAAGUUCUUAGAAGACCAUUGACUCCUGCUUGGUUUUGGCCUGUUCAGGAAUGCUACAGUCUUGCACAUCACUUUGUGUAACAUUGUGGCUGCCUGUGCUGCAGGUUUCUGCUUUCCUACCCACUGUAGCUGCAUAGACCUCCUGUGCAUCCAGGACUUAUGCUGUAAAGGCUCCGGCCUCUUACUGUAAAAAAAGAAACUCAAUAACUGUAUCACUGCUAGUGCUUUCCUAGAAGAAAAUACCAGCUCUCUUAGGCUUGUUUAAAUACCACUUGUGUUCUGUAGAGUCUGCAGAAGGGAGAGGCACAUAGCAAUACCUAGGGAGUUCUGUAUCUCUUUGUAUUUAGAAAGCCAGCUGGCAUUACCACAGGGUAUGAAGGUCGAGCUGUUCUCUUACGAGUGCCACAUGGCGGCUGGUCAGGCCAAACUCUGCUGCUCUGUGCUACCAGUAUGGAAUACCUGUAUUUAUGUAGACCCUGUUUUUUUCAGAGGCUGAUUAUUGAUCUCUGGAUAUCAAUUCAUAAAACAGUGUACCUUACAGCCCCAUCAAGAUGUGUGUAAACUUUCCCUAAUGUUGUGCAAAGCAACUAUGACAACAAAAUUGAAACCUAGGUAAUACCUGGUGGCAUUUUGGACUGAAAAAGUGGAUUCAUGCAGAUAAGCAUCCUCACUAAAACGCAGAGGUUGUAAACCUACAUAUGGUGAAGUUCUGGGACUGGCUUGUCUGCAUUCGCUUUGGUAAAAUUCAUCCUUGUAAGAAAGGCUGAGUACAAGGUCUCUCCUUUACUCAGCCUUUAAAUGAGGCAUUGGUGAGAUUGAACGGGUACAUGGGGCACUGGGACUGGCACUCCAGAUGGGGUUUCACUUCUACCUUUUAGCAGCCUCUACUUUUUUAGAGAUGUUUUGCUUAAAAGUAAUUCUUCAGCAUCAAACUCCUUGGCUGGCAAUUGAGCCUUUCUAAAAAGAAUACUGUCACUUUUUAAUGUAUCCAAUGCCUCCACAGUAACAAUGCUUUGGGUAAACUGCGAGAAAAAGGCUCUAAGACAAGAAAAAAAAAGGUGUGCGUGCAGCUGUGAGAAAGCAUGCAAUGGAAAAGUUGCAUUGACAGUUUAGUUUCCCAGCUGUAACUCUGGGAAUUGCACUUUUCCCUUAGGAACGUUAAUUUUAACAAGGAAAAUAGUGUUUCUCCCUAGUGCUUCCUCGGUUUUAAGUCUUGGAGUGGAACCGAGUUAGUGGAUCAGAAACUGGAAAGGAACAGCAUGUUUAGACAUUAUUAAAAUGACUCUUGAAAGAUGCUGGUAGUUGGAACGGGCAGAAUGUCAACAUUGUGGCUGCAGACAGGACAGGACAAAGAAAAGAAAAGACCCUUUUUUUUUCCUUUUUGGGGGCGAUGGGGUGUUAGUUUAAAAUCAGAUCCACAGUCUCACAGCAGAACUUCAAUUUUUCAGGACCUCAGGCAUCCAUAACAUAUAACAUCAAUGAUGAAUAACAAGCUAUGUGUUUGUCCUCAGCCUGGGUUUAGCACAUCUCGGUAUUGAUGCAGGAGUUUGCGUACACUUUUCUUACAGAAGAGGAGCUUUUUGGUGUUUGUAACAGCCCUUACACUCCUCUUUCCAGGAACAAUGUUCUGAGAUAUACCUCUUAAGCACUGUGUUGUUUCAAGAUGCUUUCAUAAGGACUUCACGGGCUUUUAAACAUUCCUGUCAGGCUCUGCUUUCCUGGUGCCAUUCAGGCAGCCCUCACGGCCACCCAGGGGGUACACAGCUACAUGCCCUUUCCAUACAGGGCAUUGGCUGCACCAGCAUCAAUGUGCCAGUUUUGUGUCUCUCAAAGGUCACGUUGCCCCAGCCUACAGUCAUAGAAAAGAUUUGCCAGCAAUGCCAUUAUACUUUGGCAGAGUGGGUGUCCGUCCUUUCACCCCUCUCCCUCCCUAUUUAGGACUUUUCCAUCACUGCUCUGAUUGAGAUGAGGAUCAGUCUGGUCUUGUCCAUCUGCCUCCAGAGCAUUUUUGCUCUGUGAACAGGAGUCAGCCCAUCCUCUCAGGGAAAUCACCUGAGCUCAUUUUUCUCUGUGCUUGAUCAGCUGCAGCUGAAAGUCAUGAGGGCAGGUUCAGCUCUCUCUUUCAUGAGUCCAGCCUGCCCCAGAGCACUCCUCUGUUCUGUCCUUCCCAGCAGUGCCAGGCCCUGGGCUGCCGCUGCCCACGCUGUGAGCCCAUAGCCUUGGGUUUGUUGCCAUUAGGGUUGAAGUUCAUGUUUCAGGUCCCUGCUGGCCAUGAGUUUCCCCACCUGGCUCCCUCCAGGCCAAACACCAGCUGAGGUGCAUGAUCAAACACAGCAGGUGACUGGAAAACACAUCUCACUGCCUCGCUUUGUGGCCAUCCCACAAUGGUUUUCUUCUGUGUACAUCUUGUGAGGAAACUGGUGCUUCUGUCCUGUAAGUAAUUAAGUCCCAUGACUCUUUCCUUCCCUUUAACCCCAACUCCCACAGCUCAGCUGAGUGAGACAGUGCUGUUUUAGGGACCCCUUUCCAGACUUUCCCCUCACGGAUCACCUGGCAGCUGCCAUGUGUGCUGCAGCCCUGCAGCUCCUGGCUCACGGAAGCACUUCAGCAGAUGCUUAACUUUAAUUGGUGCCCCAAUUCAACGCAAAGGCAUAGGCAAAGGCAGCCAGGUGCUUCGCAGGGGACACAUGGAGGAAUUCAAAAGGCCUCAAUAACAUAGAACCUACAUUGUUAAGCUGGUGCAAGCUCUGGAAGGACUGCAAAUUCUCAGUAGAGCAUCAAACAAAAAGUCAAGAAUAAGAAAAAAACCCCAGAAGUAGUUUAUGGUCUUUGCAACUGGAUCUGUUUUCUUCCUUCUCUUCCUAAAAGUAGUUUUAGCCAUUAAACUCAUCAAAAUUGUAUUUACUUGGCAAAUCAAAAUGAUUAUAGAUUUCAAGCUAUUUGGAAGCACUGUCAACUAUAGAAACACGAGGCUGGCCUUGUCC